AUGGUAAAAGUCAGGUGUAGUCUUCACUUCUUCAUUGGAGGUUUUACUCGUACUUGGGCGCUGAUCAAUAUCAAGGAGGAAUUUAAAGAACACACUGCUGGUAAGUUGGCUUUUCUGAAAGAAAUUUCGACUUUUGAGAGUACAAGACUCAAACUUGUUUUAAUAAUGUUAUGUAUCUUUCUACAGCUUUGACACUUCGUUGUUUUGAAAUGGCCGAUACACCAGAGUCACCUGCAAAAUCACUGUCCGUGAGGGAAGACAGUCAAGGCGUAAAAGCACUGCAUUCGAAGAUUGAAAAGGGCAGAUAUAAGUGCAUCGCCAACUUUUAUUUUGCGCUGAAGGCUUUCGUGAAGUUUGGUAAAGAUCACAUCAAAUACAACGGAUACCUUUUAGACGUGCACCGCACCGACGGCGUAUCCAUGUAAGUACACACGUUAGACUUAAUAAUUGUAGUUGGGUAAUUCAGUUGCGUCUCAAAAUUUAAAUAAACUUUUUUAUGUUGAAAUUCCAAAUUCAGACGGAUACAGUAUCUACACCUGUUGCGCGUUUUCAUUUUUGAAACGUUACUUGCCAUUUCAUGCCCUUUUCCUUGUUGGUAUCAAAAGGCAUUGCGCAACAAUGAAAGGUGCGAGCGAAUUCAACCCACUGACCAAAAAGAAUACAUGAAGUAAAAAGCAAAUGCAUUGAUUAAUUGCCCAAUAUUUUCAAGUGUUGCGCAAGUCAGCGCUAUUUAAACCCAGCAAAAGUGACACGGGAAAUCAAGGCCGUCACACACUGGGUGCGAUUUGACGCGUGACGAUUUUACACUUUUUGAAUGUAAAUUAGGCCCUCUACAAAAAUAAACUUUGAAAUAUUUUUACGCCAAAUAACUAGAGAUGUUUUAACACUUCUAAAUAUUUGAAAAACACAAAGUUAUCUGUCAGUGAGAAUUGAAAAAUCGGGUCAAGUUGCCAAAUCGCAUCCUUUCCUCUGUCGGUAUGGCAUUUUCUGACGUAAUGAGUGAUGCCGACAAAGGAAAGGAUUACUUUUGGCUCAGUCUUAUUUCUAUAGAUUUAAAUUCAUGCGCUGUAAAAAAUGCAUUAUUUUAGCGCACAUUUCGAAAGGUAAAAACCUUUCGGAAGCGCAUAUUUCGAAACUUUAAAAACCCGCAUGGAUACUUGACACCGUCAUGCUAGUGGUCGCUAAAAUUUUAGGCCAACUGUAUGGAACACCAUGUGUCCAAAAAUUAUUUAACGUUAAUUAUAUCAUAUCAUGACGAAAACUGUCAUUAUAUAUAAAUAAUUGAUAAACGAACAGACAUUAUAUCAAAUCAUGACUUAUUCGUUUUUGUCAUUAUUUGAUAUAAUGUUAUCAACAUUAAGCAUUAUAUCAUAUCAUGAACUUUCGAAAAGUCAUGAUAUGAUAUCAUGACAUUUCGACAAAAUCAUAUAUCAUGACAUUUCGACAAAAUCAUUAUAUGAUAUCAUAAGCAUUUGUGUAAGUCCUGAUUUGAUAUAAUGCUAAUGCGUUAUACACUAUGAUAUCAAAUAAUGACUUUUCAGUUGAUUCAUGAUAUGAUAUCAUGUAAAAAGAACUUUUUCAUUAUAUCAUAUAAUGAAACAGCGCCGAAAAGUCAUUAUUUGAUAUAAUGCAAUAGCGUAGUGCGCCAUCUGUCCAAAAAUCGUAACCUUAUAAUAACUCAAACGUCCGGUAACUUUUAAAAAACCUCCGGUUCAUGGGCCGAAGGCUACAAACAAAAUCUCUUCGAUUACGAUCGAUCUUCCUUCGUUUUGCGCUUUCAGCAGCUAAGAAUCCUGCUUGCAUUCGAUUUUUUUAAUUUAAAGAGGCUGCAUUAUGGCGAGUGGCGACCGCGUCCACACCAAACCAAUUCUCGCCGCCGGCGUAGAGCGCGCCCAGCACAAGAUCAAGUUCAAACGUUAUAAACCAGGUCUGUAUGACCUACAUAGUGUUUCGUAUAAGUACUGAGGCAUUAAGCUUUACUUUUAUGAAUAUUUAUCAAUAUCUUAUUUUACAUAAAGGCCGCAGAAAAUUAUACUCAGAAUAGCACAGGAGCUAUAUUAAAAACAUCCGUGGUGGAAACCAUAUUUAAUAUCUAUUUUGUAUAAAUUGUAAAUAUUUACUAAAUUGUAAUUGUAUUCAUUACUAAUUAUUUUUUUCUCAAAUGUAAAUAGUCGUAAUCUUUAAUACUUUUUAUGCCUGUAAAUAUCAAAAUAGUGCGAGGGCCGUAUGUUAGAUAACUUUUACGGUUAAUACGUUUUCCCUCGUGAAAUAAAGUUUCCAUUCUAUUCUAUAAAUUUAAACAGAAAACAACCAGAGCAAACAACACGGCCCUCUUUAGACAGAGUGCGAGUAGGGAUGCAAACCAUGGUACUGGUAGUGGUUGCGACAGUAGAAGUCAAACUGAAAAAUAUUCCACUUUUCGAGCACAGCGGGCCCUUUUCGAGCGAAGACCUGGGGCCGGUUGUAUAAAAACGUAAUUAGCGCUAACUGUAGUUAGCGUUAAUCACUGUAGUUAAAUCCUUAACUGUAAUUAGUUAACUACAUGACUUAACUGCGUUGCACAAAACGUAGUUAGUCGGAUAGUUAACUAAUCACGUAGUUAACUGUGCGUGGGGCUUGCGUGGGGCGUUUAAACACAAAAUUACAUAAAGUAAGCAGCGAGUAACGACCGCUGACACACAUUUUCAACAUGAUUGUGGACUCGUAUUUUGCAAAUAGGCGGGAAUUUUAUUCAAAACACUAGAAAACAGUGAAAAAUAAACAAAAAAUAAAGAAAAACCGCCACAAAAAUCAUAAAAGAAUGCAGUUUUUCCUUGAGAUGUCUACGUUAAACCAAGGCAUAGCUGUUUGGCAAUUAUAUAUCAGUGUUUCUUGGUGUAAUGGACCAUACUUCGUCUUCGAGAAAUUCUCCUGUGCAAAAAUAUGUUCUGUUUUCGUAAAAAUACCAAAGCAUAGCAUUUGAAGAGUUUAUAUUGUUAGGAAACAUUCACAGGGAAGAUAGCGAUUGAAAAUCUCAGGUAAGCGUUGCUUUUCAUUAUUGUUUUACUGAAAAAUGUUGUUCACUCCUAUACAAACGCCAUUUUUAACUACGUUUUGGACAGUUAACUAUACCCUAGAGCAUAGUUAACUUUAACUACUUUUUAACUGCAGUUAAGGCUAACUACACUUUUAUACAACCGGCUUAACUACGUGAUUAAAGUUAACCACUUUUUAACUACUUUUUAACUGCAGUUAGCGCUAACUACGUUUUUAUACAACCGGCCCCAGAUUCCCUAAUCAGUCAAAAUGAACGGCCUUUAGUCUUUACUUGAAAUGUUGAAUUUUGUUCUAUUGUCAUGUCCAUGCAAUUGCACCAAACACAGUUUACAUCAAACACAAAAGUCAGCAAUUCUGGUUUAUAUAAAUAACAAAUAAUGUUUAAUCAACAUUAUAUCAUAUCAACAUUACAACUCGAAAAGAUCGGUGACUCUCAUUUUCUUAUUUCAGAACAAAAAUUGUUAUAUAUUUUUGGAGUGUUUUAAUAAUGAUUUUAAAACAAUUCUGUAAUGCCAAAAUUUUACAAGAUAGGAAAAUUAGUUAGACCACGGGGUUAGACACUAUGUGAUAAUUCGUAAUGUUUCCUUUUUUGAAGUGACCGAUUUUUUUUAAAUCAAUAUAAUAAUUCAAAAUACGAAGGUAAAUCUUUUUAUGAAAUAAAAAAUGUGGGUCAAAAACGCCAAAAUAGGUCGUUGCGCCGCCCUAUAUAUAAGCGCCCUGGUUUCAACUUUUUCAAGGGGGAUUUCUCAACUAACCAAUCGCAUUGCUGAAAUUUAUUUUUACUUCGGUUUGCGCAAACAGAUUAAAAGUUGAAUAGGCGUAUUGAAUAAUGAUUGUAAAGAUAAAUAUUUACUUUCAUGUUUUGCAUUUGAAUCGAGGUUUGUUCGUUCAAUAAUGUGGUUAUUCUGUUAUUAAUUAGGAAGUGUUAUGUAACCAUCGAGGAGAUGGGAUCGGCGAAAAAAUUUAGAAUGGCAAUUAACAGAUCGUUUAAUGAGCAUGGUGGAGCUUUUUGGCAGGGUGUUGACGACGAACAAAUUUGUUCAUACACCAUGGCCAAGGUGUGCGAACUCACGACGAAUAGCCCAAGAGAAAUUGCAGGCACCUUCACGCUUGGUAGGCAAAGGAAUCUUAGAAUGGUGGACCAAUUUGGUGAUUUUCUCGAUGAAUAUUUACCCCCGUGGAUCGACGAAGACCCACUUCUGAAAGCAAAAGAUGACUUUGACAAUGCUACUUAUAUACUUAAUGAGAAUGUACAAGUAAGUGCAAUAGUAAAAUAUUUUCACAACUGGUUUAAGACUGGAUAAAUCAGAGAUUAUAAUGAGAUUAAGCUAUAGUCGUUUUCUCAUGGAUAACUCUAUGGCAUUCAUUUUUACAAGGCAAAGGUUGUCUAUUAUUAUUGUUUAAAAUUUUAAAAUUUCAGUCCUUGAAUCCCAGGUAUUUUUCAUAAUUGUAGGUCAAUAAAAAUGGAAUGCUGGACGAGCCGGAGUGGAAGCAUUUAUGGAUGGUGCCUUAUCUUCGACUCUGA